UAUCACGAAAACCAUCACUGCCUUGAUACUUUCUCUAGUUCAUUCUCGCUGGUCGAGUCACCUACAUUGUUAUCCCCCUUUUUGGACUAAUUUCCUCGCCGAACACUUUAGUAUACUCGGGACAUAUCCCCCACCAUGGCAGCCAUCGUUCCGCUCAACACUCCUCUUCAGAUCUGGGGCCAGGAAGAUCAAGUACCCCCUCUCAAUAACGUGGGAGGUGCCGUCUGGUACAGACAUUGGGAGUUUGACGGACCCGAGGAGCCAACAGAUAGACAGCUUGAGGCCUGGGGAAAGGAGGCAUUCGACUGGCUGCACAGAAACUAUGCGAACAAGGGAGCCUACACCUCAACGACCAACUCCCUUCUCGUAGCUACCCUUUACGUCAACAUGGGCUUUGCACGAGGUGCGCAAGCCUGGUGGGACGCUGUUUCACGUGUCGUGCUCUCGGCGGAUGGAAAGAAACAGACAAGAGAUGGACCCCGUGAGCUCCAUGCCGAAGAUGGAGUCUGGUAUGUCUUUGAGAGCUGGUUCGAGAAAGAGGCCCGCUCACAACACGUUCGUGGCGGACGUUACUAUGCCAAGUCACCAGCAAACUCUCCGGUCAAGAUGCUCGUCUAUGGCCGGAUUCCAGGCAAGGGACCCAACAAUUACGUGGGGAUUCAAGAGCCGUGCAGCAGAGGACCCAAGGAUCCGAACUGCCAGAAAUGCUGCAACAUAUUGAAUGUGGCUUGGGUAAAGCCGCACCCACAGUGGCUCGCUGGUCAAGGCGGUGGUGGCCUUCAGCUCCCAACGCCCCCGGCUGGCGGAGCGGGAGGAUCAGGCGCCGCCGGUGGAAGUGGAACGGGGGCCACUGGUCAGAGCGGUAGCGGGAGGCCCGGGCCUAGCACCGGAGGGGGUGCGACAGGUGGCAGGACUAGCCCUUCAAACACUACCGGUUCAGUACCUGUCAACAACGCUUCUACUAAAGCUCCGACCUCGAAGCCCGUGACAGCAACCGCGAAACCCACACCGACAACCGGACGACCGGCUUUGGCAGACAAGUCAACUUCUGGCCUCAACACCCAAGCUAGCAAACCAGGUCAAAAGGUCCCAGCUCCAGCUAAUACUACGGGACUCAAAACGUCGACCGCGUCGACAGCGGCCAAGACCACUGCUGCAACCAAGACUUCAGCCCCCGCCGCGACUAAAACAUCGGCCCCCGUUGCGACCAAGACUGCUACGGCGACCAAGACUUCUGUCCCUGUUACGACAGCGAAGAAGACCACGGUAUCUGGGAAGAAAUAGACGUGGGCUUUACCACAAUUUGACAAUGGAGGUUGAUGACCGAAGGAUAUUACUGGAGGAUUUUUGCCGUGACAGUGUGGGUGCAUAUCUGGAUUGUAUGUCCUCCAGGUGAGGUUGGUUUGAAUAGUUGGCUUUUACACGAAUGUAUUUUGCGUGGUUGCUUUGGAUCUGGCUUGGCGUUUGGCGGUAGGUAGACAUAUUGGUGCUGAGCAUCAAGAGCUAGGUAAUAUAUCUGAACUUAGAUAAGACCUAUGGAUAGUUGCAAGGUUCUAGUGAAACAGGGAGUCAAUGUAAAUCAUCGAGAUGACCAUUGGCUUGCAACAGCCAC